AGUCUCAGCUGGUUUGGCUGCCAGUGUCAGUGCAGUUCAGUGUCAUAAAUCUUUAGAGGACGAUUUCAUAAUCAAUUAAAUUGGUGAUAUUUGAUUAACUAUCUAUUUGAGUAUCUAUUUUUUGACUGGACCGAAUAAUUUAACAACAUUUCCUGAUUCUGUGAUUCCCAAAUUAUAAUUUAGAAUGGCUACUUUACUGAGGACCGUCGCUAUUACUGAAAAUGUGAUAAAAUCCACCCCAAAGAUUUUAGGAUCUGUGGCUAAUAGUAGAUGGAAUCCGCAGCACCAACAGAAAAGGAACCUGAACGUACACGAGCACAUAAGUUAUACUUUACUGAAGGAUGCAGGAAUCGACGUGCCCAACUUUGGCGUCGCCAAAACCAAGGCGGAAGCCAAGAAGAUUGCGCAAACAUUGAACACCAAAGAUUUGGUGCUCAAAGCUCAAGUUCUUGCUGGCGGACGAGGAAAAGGGUCUUUUAAAAAUGGACUUAAGGGCGGUGUCAGGAUGGUUUACUCACCUGAUGAAGCUGAAGAUAUCUCCGGACAAAUGCUCAACCAAUACCUGGUAACGAAACAAACCGGCGAAAAAGGCAGAAUUUGUAACGCUGUAAUGGUAGCCGAACGUAAAUUCCCCAGGAAGGAGUUCUACUUUGCUGUUAUGAUGGAGAGGGCAUUCGCAGGUCCAGUCAUCAUCGCUUCAUCUCAAGGCGGUGUCAAUAUUGAAGAGGUAGCAGCUGAAAACCCAACUGCCAUCCUCUACGAACCAGUAGACGUAAUGAAAGGCUUGACCAAAGAACAAGCGGAAAAAGUUGCGGUCAAAGUAGGACUGGAAUCGCAAAAGGAGAAAACGGCUCAGAUGCUUUUGAAAAUGUACGAGUUGUUUGUCAAGAAAGACGCGCUUUUAAUUGAAAUUAAUCCUUAUGCCGAGGAUGCUGGAGAAAAAUAUUUUUCACUUGAUGCUAAAUUCCGAUUCGACGACAACGCUCAAUUCAGACAAAAGGAACUUUUCGCUCUAAGAGAUUGGACACAGGAAGAUGAGAAGGAAGUAGCUGCUUCCAAAUUUGAUCUAAACUACAUUGCUUUGGACGGUAAUAUUGGGUGCAUGGUAAACGGCGCCGGUUUGGCCAUGGCCACCAUGGACAUAAUUUCUUUACACGGAGGAUCGCCAGCUAACUUUUUAGAUGUUGGAGGUGGUGCCACAGCGCAGGCUGUUAAGGAGGCUUUCAAAAUUAUAACUGCCGAUCCCAAGGUCCACGCAAUUCUGGUCAACAUUUUCGGUGGAAUCAUGAGGUGCGACGUGAUCGCCGAAGGCAUCAUCGCUGCCGCUAAAGAACUCAGUCUCAAAAUGCCAAUAGUUUGUCGGCUACAAGGCACCAAUGUUGACGACGCGAAAGUUUUGAUCGCCAGUUCGGGAUUGAAGAUUUUGCCGGUAGACAACCUGGACGAAGCAGCCAGGUUAGCGGUUAAAUUGUCGAAUAUCGUCAGUUUGGCGCGCGACGCCAAGUUAGACAUCAAUUUCGAAAUGCCCUUGUAAACCAAACGCCAAAGGAAUAGUAUAUUUAAUGCCUAUUUAUUUGCGAGUAUUUCUAAUAUAAAUUCAAGCCCCAAUUUUUUCUGGGAGGCUGCCAAUGGUAUUAUAAUAAUGUAAUUUCACCAAACACUAAUUAAUAAUUGUAUUUUAGGGCUUUUUAUUCACAAAAUCAAUUUAAUUAUUUGGCGUAAGGUAAGGUAUUUUGUGAUCGGUAUGAAAGUAGCUUCACUAAUCGCAAAUUGCAGGUUUCCAAUCUCCUAAAUUGUUAAGUAGACAAUUAUUAUUGAACAAAGUACUUUUUCUGUCUAAAAUAGCGAAUUUUUUUUUAACGGGAUCUAAAUUUAUAGUUGUAAAUGUUAUUAUUAUUGUAUAUUGUAUAAAUUUUUGUCAAACAAUUAUUCUUUAUUUUUUAACAUUACAUUACAUUUUUAAUUAGGAGCCAAUAAUAUUUAAAACUCAUGUAUUUGACUCCUGUAUAUACAUACAUUUGUUAUUUAUAAAUAAAUAUUUAUUUGUUGCUGUC